AUGCCGUCGACACUCACGGAGGGGCAGCUCGAGGCUGUUAGUGCCAUUGAACGAGCCUGCUCCGUCUUUUCGCUCAUUGGAUGCCUCUUCAUCAUCAUCACGUUUUGCUCGUCAAGCGCAUUUCACAAGCCCAUCAACCGCCUCGUCUUUUACGCCUCGUUUGGCAACAUGAUGACCAACGUUGGCACCCUCAUGUCGCGCGCCUACCUCGGUGACAUUCUUUCCGCUGGAUGCCAGUUCCAGGCGUUUCUCAUUCAGAUGUUCAUGCCCGCAGAUGCUUACUGGACAUUGGCGAUGGCUGUCAAUGUCUAUCUGACCUUUUACUACAAGUUUGAUGCUGUUGCCUUGAGGCGGAUGGAGAUUCCAUACCUGCUACUCUGCUACGGUGUCCCAUUUAUUCCUGCUUUUGUCUUCAUCUUUGUCAAGGACCAAGGCGGCACCAGGGUCUACGGCAACGCCCUUCUCUGGUGCUGGAUCUCGUCAGACUGGGAUAUCUGGCGCAUUGCCUCUUUCUACGGUCCAGUCUGGGUCGUCAUCGUCGCCACCUUCUUCAUCUACCUCCGCGCCGGGCGCACGAUCUACGAGAAGCGCAAGCAGCUGCGCGACUUUCACUCCUCCGACGGCGAUCCCAUGUCCGUCAACGGCGACAACGCGUACUCUGUGAGAACCUACGAAGUCACCGUCACCAGCGAAGCCAUCAACCCCACUGAGGCAGGCCCCUCGCCAUUCGGUCGCCACACUGCAAUCAGCGCGCAGCCGAGAGCAUCGCUCGACAAUGAUAAGCGUGCGUAUUCUGUCCACGUCAACUCUCAGUCAGUGCAGUCUGUGGAGGACGUGGACCUGCCCAUCCAGGGCCGCGAGGACAUGGCCAAGGCGGCAGCGGAUGCCAAGUCGGCGCCGCAGCCCAUCAGCAGCUUCACCACGCGGCCGCAGCCGCCGCCGCGUGUGCCCCGCGCGCCGAACCCGAACCGCCGGCGCAACCACGAGCUCAACAACGCGGCGUGGUCGUACACCAAGUGCGCCAUCCUCUUCUUCACCGCCAUCCUCAUCACCUGGAUCCCGUCGAGCGCCAACCGCGUGUACUCGGUCAUCCACAAGAACGAGGUCAGCGUGGCCCUCGAGUUCAUGAGCGCCUUUGUGCUCCCGCUGCAGGGCUUCUGGAACGCCGUCAUCUACGCCGUCACGUCGUGGGCCGCGUGCAAGAACCUGCUGUACGACCUGCGCUACGGGCACGGGCCCGACGUCACCGAGCUGGUCGGCGGCUUGCCCACAUCGUCGCGCAAGGGACCGACGCAGUACCCGUCGCCUUCCGUCUCUGUCGGCAGCAGCAGCCGCUUCAGCAAGGGUUUCGGCUCAAAAUCGAAGCCUGUGAAACCAUUCGAUACCGAGAGUGCCACAGAGCUGUCUACUAGCCGCGCGACUUCUGCCGACGGUCACAGCCGCUAA